UUUGGUAGGAAAACGAAGAUGCUGAAACCGGUUGGAUUUGUAGCCAUAAUGAGUUUGGUCACGUUGACGUUAACAGCUGCGCGCCCGCAAGAAACUGCAACUGAAGAGAACAUACUGCAACAAGAUGCCUUGAGCAACGUUGAUGGAGAACAUCCUCUUCUUUCUGGAAUCGACGAAGGCUUUCAGCAUGACGAAGAAACUGAAAGGUAUGAGGGUCAAGGUACUGAAAUCACGACCGUGACCGAUGUCUUGGAGCCAAGUACCGAAUCCAAUGGGAGCCCGACGGAGAUUUUAUUCCGCGAAAGUCAAGAACCAUUUAAUCUUCUACCAUCAACACACGAGGCAUCUCAAUUAUCCCAAGAUGUCGAGUCUUCUCCAUCAUUACCAACCCAAGAGGCGUCUCCGGUCUUUCGCGAACAAACAUCACCUUCACCAUCUUCUUCCUCCCCCCUAUCCUUUCCGACACAAGGGGCGUCUCAAUCAUUGUUUCCUGGUAAUGGAACGUCUCCGUUAUUCGCACCUGCUACUGCGCCGAGCCAAAAAAACCAAGCUUUACCUGCUGGAAAUCAAGCAAACAGCCCCAACAUGCUUAUAGGAUCACUGUGGCAAAUGUUAAACAAUUCGCAAAGAGGAAAUGCCACGGCUGGCGGAGCCGGAAGUGGUUCUGUCUAUAACAAUACGGCCAUCGGACAAGGGACGGGUAUCGCCAAUGUCGGAUUGGGUGGAUUUGGCAUUGGUCUCGGCAUUGGUGGUGCAAUACAGACAUCGCUCGGCAAUCUUGCGUUUGGACAAGGCAAUGGAAUUGCGCUUGGAUAAUAGCAUAGUAUUUCGGACACAUUUUCUAUGGAACAGCGCACAUUAAAAUCUAUUUGUCCGUGUACGCAUUUGCAAUUUUCGUAAGCUUUAACUAAACGCAUCAUCAAUUACUCACAACCGAAUUUUUAUGGUGUCCUUGGCCUACACGUUACU